ACCGCUACCAAAAAAGAAAGAUUAAACGAUUCCUUAAUAUGCGGGCAUCAAUCAUCAUGACUAGUUAACAAUUGAAGCAAAAAAUUAAAGUUGAGCUAAAGAGUUGCCGACCAAACACAUCCAUCCAUCCCGCUCGGCGUUAGAACAUAGACAAAUAUCCGGAAAAAAUUGAACUGAUAGAAUCCAAAUCUGAAAUGAGUAGAGUACUUUGUUUUUUGCUGUUCCUGGUUCUCAUCAUCCAAACGGAUGAAGUUCAAAGUUCCUACGCUGGUUCAGCUAGUUCCAUCAUCAACCCUUCCAAAGUCAAACAAAUUUCAUGGAUUCCAAGAGCUUUUGUUUAUCAAGGUUUUCUCACCGACUUGGAAUGCGAUCACUUGAUUUCUUUAGCGAAAUCAGAGUUGAAGAGAUCUGCUGUUGCGGAUAAUCUUUCAGGAGAUAGUCAAUUAAGUGAUGUUCGAACAAGCUCUGGCAUGUUCAUUUCCAAAAACAAGGAUCCUAUUGUUUCUGGUAUUGAGGACAGGAUUUCAGCCUGGACCUUUCUUCCUAAAGAAAAUGGAGAAGACAUACAAGUAUUGAGAUAUGAGCAUGGACAGAAAUAUGACCCUCAUUAUGAUUACUUUGCUGAUAAAGUUAAUAUAGUUCAGGGUGGACAUCGCCUCGCAACUGUUCUCAUGUAUCUCACCAAUGUGACCAAAGGCGGUGAAACUGUGUUUCCAGAAGCAGAGGAACCUCCACGUCGCAGAGGUUCUAAAAAAAGUAGUGAUCUCUCUGAGUGUGCCAAAAAAGGAAUAGCAGUGAAACCACGUAGAGGGGAUGCACUUCUUUUCUUCAGUCUUGACACAAAUGCUAUCCCGGACACUAAUAGUCUCCAUGCCGGAUGCCCAGUACUCGAAGGGGAGAAAUGGUCAGCGACAAAGUGGAUUCAUGUAGACUCGUUUGAUAAGAUUGUAGGUGCUGGAGGGGGCUGCUCCGAUCAGCAUGAUAGCUGCGAGAGGUGGGCUUCCCUUGGAGAAUGCACUAACAAUCCUGUGUAUAUGGUUGGAUCUUCAGACCUACCUGGAUACUGUAGGAAGAGCUGUAAAGCAUGCUUGUAAUUUUACUGAAUGCUUUCUGUUUGAGCUUAUAAAAACAACAAUUGCAAGGUGAAGGUUGUAUUAAAAAAUAACUUAUUUGUAAAAAUGUUUUACACAAAAUAGAAGUUUUGUUUUUGAGAUAA